AUGAAAACAAAAACAAGAAUACAUUGUUUCUUUCUGCUCCUUUUAAGCACCAUAGUUUCAGCAGACUCUGAAAUAUGUAACAGUGCAAUACCAUUCAGUCGAUGUUCAAGUAAUAAUGCGUGUGGUUGUUUUCCAAUGCUUAUACCAUGUGGAUCAUUACAAGAAUGUUCUGUUCCAGAUCAUAUCUGUGUUCACCAUUCUCGAUGUAAUAAUCAUCCUAUUUGUUAUCCACUCUCUUUGAUGAGUGAAGACAUCUGUCCACCUCAAUCAAAUAAUACAACAACGAUGACAACUACCACGGCAGUGGAAGUGACAACAAGAAAAAUGAAAUGGAACAGAUGGAAACAAAAUGCGAUAACUGUUGCUGGAGGAUAUGAAGAGGGUAACGAAUUAUACCAACUCAGAGAUCCCCAUGCAAUAGUUGUGGAUAAAGAUAAAAAUAUUUAUAUUACUGAUCGUUUGAAUCAUCGUGUUAUGAAAUGGAAAUUAAAUGAAGUUUACGGAGAAAUUGUUGCAGGUGGGAAUGGAAAUGGAACAAGAUUGGAUCAAUUGAAUAGUCCAACAGGUAUUGUUUGGGAUGAAGAAAAUAAUUCAUUGAUCAUUGCUGAUUAUGAAAACAGACGAGUAGUUCGAUGGUUCAUGAAUGAAAAUCGACAAGAAAUUAUCAUUAAUAAUAUUCACUGUGAUGGUUUAGCAUUGGAUAAAUAUGGAUUUCUUUAUGUUUCUAUUUGGGACAAAGGUGAAGUAAGAAGAUGGAGAAUUGGAGAAGAGAAAGGAACAGAAGGAAAAUUAGUUGCUGGUGGAAAUGGUUGGGGAAAUGAGCUUAAUCAAUUGUAUCGUCCUACUUUUAUCUUUGUUGAUGAUGAACAAACAGUUUAUGUUACAGAUUGUUACAAUCAUCGUGUAAUGAAAUGGAAGAAAAAUGCCAAAGAAGGAGUUAUUGUUGCUGGUGAAAAUGUUGGAGGAUGGGAACUGAAUCAAUUGUAUGGUCCUGAAGGAUUAUUUGUUGGUGAAUCUGGUGAAAUCUAUGUGAUGGAUCGUCACAAUGGUCGAGUAAUGCAUUGGAAUGAAGGAGCAAAAGAAGGUGAACUUAUUGUCGGUGGGAAUAAAUGGGAAUAUUCAAGCAUAUUGGAUUAUCCCCAUGGUUUAACAUUUGAUAUUGAAGGAAAUCUUUAUGUUAGUGAUACUGCCAAUCAUCGAAUCCAAAAAUUUGAUUUACUUUUCUAA